AAAACGAAGCAGAAGGACGAAGAAAAGUGCUUCCGGGUGAUAAACAUGUCGGCUCCUGUCGGGGUGUCGGCACCGGUGUUCGGCCGUCCUGCCGUCCCUGCCUUCCCGCCCAUGGCUCUGUCGGCCGAAGCCGCUCCGUUCAGUCCCGGAGAGCCGGACUGCUCGCCGCUUGACUCUCUGUCGGACGCGGAGAAGCAGUUUUCCCGCUGCGCCGCAAAGCUUCGAGCCCUGAGAGCAGACUGCAGCCAGCUGAGAGAGGAGCUCAAUCAGCUGUUUGACCUGCUGCUUUCAGAGAACUACAACAGGAGCUGCGACCUUCCCAUCACCAUCCGACCAGAGGAUGUGUGCAUUCUGCUAAAGAACACCACUGGCCUCGUACCUUUGAAUCAAGAACACUUGGUUGUUAAAUUCUGUCAACUUGUUCAUCACCUCCUCAAUCAGCUGAAGGUUAUAAUGGAUGAACAGACACUGGAUGUGCUGGUAAACUACACUGUCAAUGCCCUGAAACAGUGCAGUACAUGGACCCACUCAGAUGUUCUCUUGGCACUUUCCACAGUUGUGUAUGGUAAUGGAUCUCAGUGCCACCAGCUUGUCAGUGACCUGCUGCGUGAAGAUGGAGUCAUUCUGCAGUACAGUUCUCCUUCCCAGCCAAAUAUCGAGUUGAGGCACGUUGCGCUCACCUGCAUGGCCAACAUCUGCCUCAGGAUUCCAGGUCAGCCACUUUUGGACGAUCAGUACAGAAGUGUUUGUUUCAGACUUUUUCUGAAGACAUUGCAGUCACCCAAACCUCCCAACACUGAUGAUCUCUUCUACUGCAUGGUCAUCCAGGCAGCUCUGAAGGGACUUCAGUUCUGUCUGUCAGGUGGGAAGUGGAAAUUUGGAGGAGGAGAGGAGCUUGGAUCUGUACUGGCUGCACUAAAGAGGCUCAUGUUCCAGGGAGCCCCUGGUUUAAGUGUCGACUGGCCAGAGGUAAUUUACCCAGCACCUCUUUCACAGUGUGAAAGUCUCUCUCCACCAAGGCCUACUGAACCACCAAAAACUUUAGAAUCACCAAAGCAGGCAGAUAAGACUGGAAAAGCAUCAGGAAAAAAAAGGAGGAAAUCAAAAGGAAAGAAGACAAAACCUGAUGAAAGCAAAGUGGAUGACAGAGAGGAGGAAGAUAAAGAAGCGGUGCCUGAAGGCGGAGGGGACGUCAGCAGAAAUGAUGAGGAGAGCUUAGCCAGACCGUCCGCCUCACUUCUCUACCCGUUCUGGAAGCUGAACAGUUCUGAAUCAGAGUUUUCGGACAUUGAGGGGAACGCACAAAGCAAGUUAAGAGUUUAUCAGUGCCGUGUUCGUCAGUUGGCGCUGCACUGCAUGUUAGCAGUAGUGAAAGCUGUUGAGAAGAGGACUCUGUAUGGUUACUGGUCCUCCUUCAUCCCUGACUCUUCUGCUGGUGGACCCCCAUCUCUAACUCUUCUUACAAUUAUACUAAAAGACCCCUCACCAAAGGUGCGACUGUGUGCACUUCAGGUGCUGUCGGCCAUCUUGGAUGGUUCCCGGCAGUUUCUAGCUGCGGCUGAAGACACAGCAUCGCCUCGAACGUCUUACACCCCGUUCUCAUUCAUGCUCGCUGCUGCUAUCAGAGAGCUGCACCGCGGCCUCAGCCUGGCUCUCCUGGCUGAAACGUCCUCUCAAACACUCACACAGGUCAUAAAGUGCCUGGCGUUCCUGGUGGCCAACGCUCCCUAUCAUCGCCUCAGACCUGGCCUGCUGAGCCAGCUCUGGAAACAGAUUCGUCCUUAUGUGCGCCACAGAGAUGUGACUGUACGCGGGUCUGUGCUGAGACUAUACGGGGCGACAGUAACGGCUCAGGCCCCCCUCCCUGAGGUGCAGCUUCUCCUCCAGCAGCCAGAAAACCUCGGUGGUGGCAGUAUGUCCGGCUCGGUAACACCGCAGGACUCUGCUCUCAGCUGGAGACACAGGAACGGAGCGGCCUCACCUGCUCGGACACCAGCAGCUUUCUCCCAACAAAACUCAGGCACACAUUCUCCCCAGCUUCCUCACACACCAAGAGAGGAGGAGAAGUCGUCACCGUGGCUACUGAAGCUGUGUGUUUCUCUGGUGAUUCAGCCCAGAGAGGAGCAGUCAGAUAGUGAGGGAGCGGGAAGGAGUGCUGCUUUAGAGCCUUCUCAAGUUCGACUCGAAGCUUUGCAGGUUUUGUCCCAUCUGGUACGCGGUUAUUUCCCUCUUGCUCAAUCAAGCCUAUAUGAGAUCGGGCAGGUGAGCGUUCGUUGCCUCGAGGAGACAGACCCCUCCAUACAGCUACACAGUGCAAAGCUACUUGAAGAGUUUGGUGCAGGAAUAAUCCAGCAGUACAGACCUGAGAACUGUGUUCCUGAAAGCUCUAAAGUUCCUGUGAACCAGGUGGUGGAGUUUUGGUUAAAAGUGUUGAGUGGGCCACUAAAUGCAGCACUGCAAAACGAACAACAUCCCACGCUACAGGCAAGCGCCUGCGACACGCUGGCCUCCAUCCUGCCACAGGCCUUCGCUCAGCUGCCUGAUAAAACCCAGCUGAUGUGUAUCACCGUGCUGCUGGGCCUGACCUACAUUGAGAACUAUCUGGUGAAGACUGCAGCCGUCAGGGCUUUGGGAGUUUACAUACUGUUCCCUUGUUUGAGAGAGGAUGUGAUGUUUGUGGCUGAUACUGCGAACAUUAUCCUCGCUGCCCUUGAUGACCGAUCUACAAACGUCCGUGCAAAAGCUGCGUGGUCUUUGGGAAACCUCACAGACACACUUAUCAUUAAUAUGCAGAAUGUAGGCGUGGAUUUCCAGGAAGAAUUGUCUGACAUGCUUCUGCUGAAGAUGCUGCAGGCAGCAACUCGAGCAACUGCAGACAGAGACAAGGUGAAGUGCAAUGCAGUGCGAGUGCUUGGAAAUCUGCUUCAUUUCCUGCGUCACAGUCAGAUGACUCGGCCUGUUUUCCAACGCCCUCUGGAAGAUGCGGUUCGUGCUCUGGUCAAAACCGUCCAAUCGGAAGCAGCUAUGAAAGUCAGGUGGAAUGCCUGUUAUGCACUGGGAAAUGCGUUCAGAAAUUCCUCCUUGCCGCUUGAGACGGCUCCAUGGUCUCAGGAUGCCUUCUCCGCCCUCUGCCAUGUGGUCACCUCCUGCAAAAACUUCAAAGUCCGCAUCAAGUCAGCCGCCGCCCUCGCGGUACGUGACACAAAGCGCUUCAGUUGUGUGUGGCACUCUCUGGCCACAGCCCUGCAAAACAGCGAAGACGUGGUCGACUUUCUGGAGUACCGCUACAGCGCCAGCCUGCGACACACGCUCUCUGAGGCUCUGUUGCACCUGCUCAGCCUCUGCACGCUGCAGGACAUGCCUGAACUCAGCGCGUCGUUGGCCGGGGAGGAGGGCACGGGCAUCAGAGAGUAUUUAAUCAAGUAUCUUAAGGCAGAGGAGGAAGAAGGAAAAACAGGAGGAGAAGAUGAAGCAGGAGAAGAGAGGAACUCUGGGCAGGAGAGUGGACAAUUGCAGCAAAGACUGGAUCGACUCCAGGAGACUCUUGUCAGACUUCAGAGCCUGAAGAUUGAAGAGGAGGGAGGGGAGAAGGAGAAGGAUGUGGUGGUUCAUUUCCUCGAGGAUCUGUUGAAGAUAUGUGAGGAGUUUUAGAAAUUUACCUCAACCUGAGUUUAAAGUAAAUUAAACUUUACUUUGAACUAAGUAAAGUUUAAUUUACUGAGUUCCCUCAAAAGGUUGAGGGAGCAGUAGAUCCUCAAACCUGACCCCUAACUCAGAGACGGGGUCUCUGGCAGGUGAAAAAAGCCUCACUAGAACUCAAAAAUAUGUUCAUGUAAACCUGAAAUAUAAAUAUGAUUGAAAAUAACAAUCUUUUUGUGUCAACAUUUGAAGUAAAAAUACUGUAACUAUUUAGGUUAUGUGCAUGUUAUUAUAUCUUUUAUCAUCCCUUUGAUUUCUAUACUGCUACAUUGUUUUCUAUUGUUUUUAGUUAAUAAAAAGUAAUUGUACUUGCCUAAAAUUUUUGACCUGUAUUUUAUCAUAGUCAUAAUUGACUAACUGAAGUCAAGUCAUCAAAUUAUUCAAUGACACUUUUUGGAAACAUUAGAAUUGGUAACUGCAAUACUAACCUUGUAUUUACUUGAUUUCGGAUAAUACCAGAGUUCAUAUAGGUAUUACACACACCUAUAUGAACCACACUGCACCGUCUUUGGCUAGAUGUAUGACUGAGUGUACAGAUAUAUUUUGCAUCCCUUGUAUUAUUGUAUGAUUUGGCUGUCUGAAAGUAGAUUGAUACCUUUGUUGUUUUUCUGAUUCUUCUAAAUUUUUCUUCUGUCACAAACUACAGUGCCUUGCAAAAGUAUUCAUACCCCUUGAACUUUUUGACAGAGCCACUUGUGUAUGUGUAUUUUAAAAUAUAUUGUGAAGUGGAAGGUGAAGAGUAGUUUGUUUUCAAUUUUAUUUUUUAUAAAUAUAAUUUGAAAAGCUGUGGUGUGUGUAUGUGUAUUGUGGCACCCCCUAUCUAAUGUGAUUAAGAUCCAAACCAAGUUUUGAUAUGGUGCCUUAUAAUGAAAAGUACAAUGUACAUCACUAAAAGUCUCCUGGAUUGUUGGGGUAAGUUGCUCUAAGAGGAUACUUUGAUCAUGGCAGGAUUUUUUCAGUGAAAAUAGUCUUUUCUCAAAUGCACAAAGAGCUAUGAAAAAAUAUGUUUAACCCAGUUCUAUCAAAUUCUGAUACUUUCUGCAGAAUGUCAAUUUUUUCAAAACAUUUUGCCAGCAGGAUGCCACCAAAAGUCUGUUUUCCCCACAAUGUGGUAACACACAAACUAAAAGUUUUUGAUGCUGAUUCAAUUACAUGUACUUGUUUAUAGCUUGACAUUUCUUUUGACUUUAUAUUUUUGUGUUUGUUGUAUUUGUUACUGCCUCUCAGGCCAGGAUUCCCUUG